ACAGGUCAUAGUGCUGUCAUACAUGGCUGCACGAUUGAGGACGAGGCUUUUGUUGGUAUGGGAGCCACACUGCUUGAUGGUGUAGUUGUAGAGAAACAUGCCAUGGUUGCUGCGGGAGCACUCGUCAGACAGAAUACAAGAGUCCCUUUUGGCGAGGUGUGGGGAGGUAAUCCGGCCAAGUUCCUCAGGAAGCUUACAGAUGAAGAAAUAGCAUUCAUUUCCCAGUCAGCAUUGAACUACACCAACCUUGCAAAAGUCCAUGCUGCUGAAAAUGCCAAGUCGUUUGAUGAGAUUGAGCUUGAAAAGAUGCUGCGUAAGAAGUUUGCUCGACGUGACGAGGAGUAUGAUUCAAUGAUUGGUGUCGUUCGUGAAACUCCCCCAGAACUCAUUCUUCCAGAUAAUAUUUUACCGGAUAAAGCCCCUAAGGCUGUUCAAUGAGAUCUUUCACUGGUAACUUCGCCUUAAGUUACUGCUAUCUUCAGAACUCAUUCCAAAGCGCAAAAUUGUAGAGAACAGUCUAUUUUACAAAUAAAAUUGAACAUGUUUUCGGAUGGACUUAUUAUGCACGUUACUUUGCAAUUCCUCGGUCUGCCUCCGAGGUUAUGCUGUUGGUUUCUUUGUACCUGUGACGUCUUAUUAUUUCUCAAUCAGCUGGAUUAUAUUAUUACAUAACACAUGAUGGUAUGUCAUGUAAGUUGAUAUUUGUUUUCUUAUUAUGUCAAAAGCCUUGAGACUUUA